AUCAGGCACUUACAUGUCAGACACCGCCCAUUUGUAACCCUCGUUAGGCCCGCCCAUUUGAGUUAUCCGGAAGAUAAAAAGGGUUAGCUGCCGUCUUUUCUUUCUAUGACGAAAGUCAGACUCUUUGAACUUCAACAACAAAUGACUAUUUAAAGUAACUUCCUCGGCAAACCGAAAAAUAGUGUAUAUAAUAACUCGCGUAAUAACUCGCGACGACGGAGCCUUCGUCAUUCCCGGCAGACAGCUUGCUAGCUGUUGCGGUUAGCCUUUUCUUUUGCUAACUUUCAGCUUGAAAUUUCACAGCUCCUUCUAUUGCGCAAGUUUGCUGCGUCCCAACCCGCUCCUGGAGCUUUCACCAUGGGAUCCAGAGCUUCCACCUUGCUCCGGGAAGAGGAGAUCGAAGAAAUUAAGAAGGAGACCGGCUUCUCCCACAGUCAGAUCACUCGUCUGUACAGCCGCUUCACCAGCUUGGAUAAAGGGGAGAACGGCACCCUCAGUCGAGAAGAUUUCCAGAGGAUUCCAGAGUUGGCCAUCAAUCCCUUGGGAGAUCGGAUCAUCAACGCCUUCUUCCCUGAAGGCGAGGAUCAGGUGAACUUCCGAGGCUUCAUGCGGACCCUGGCCCACUUCCGGCCCAUCGAGGACAGCGAGAAGAACAAGAACCCUGCCGCCAGCGAGCCGCUCAACAGCAGAACCAACAAGCUGCUCUUUGCGUUCCGUUUGUACGACCUGGACCGAGACGACAAGAUCUCCCGAGACGAGCUUCUGCAGGUGUUGAGGAUGAUGGUGGGCGUGAACAUCUCGGACGAGCAGCUGGGCAGCAUCGCCGACAGAACCAUCCAGGAAGCCGACACCAACGGCGAUAACUCCAUUUCCUUCACCGAGUUCAUCAAGGUUCUGGAGAAAGUGGACGUGGAGCAGAAAAUGAGCAUCCGCUUCCUGCACUGAGUGACUAUCAUCAUUUAGGCAAUCCUGCACCCCCCCCCCCCCCCCCCCCCCCAUCCUCCCUUGUCCUUUGCUGAGUGGUCAGCAGGUGACUGUGGUCCUCACCUCCAGUAGACCCCAAAGCCAAACGCCUCGUGCACGUUUUGUUUUUCUUCUCCUAUUUAUCAGCAACCGCUGUAAAAAAAAAAAAAAAAAAGACAUAAGCGCACGCUACGUGCACCGUGCUGCUUUGUUAUGCUAAUAUCACAUAGGAUUCCACUUGAAUACCCUGAUUGGCUUCUCCUUGUCUGAUGUUUAGUCUCAUUUUUAAGUUUUCAGAGCAGCUUCAGUACCACCACUUGAUUUUCAUGGGCUGUACUGGAAUAAUGAUGUAAACAAAACAAAGCGGUAUGAAGGAACGCCAGCCGACUGCUGUGGCUUUACAUAUGAAUAUCUAGUGUAGUAUAUGUAUAUAUUAUACAUAAAUACUAGUAUGUGCUCCUGAUGGAUGGCUAAAAUAACAUGCUGUGCUUCAUCUCCUCUUAGAAAGAAAGUUAUUUGUGUAUAGACAGGAAGGGAAGGGUUCCAGAUGAAUAUAAUAAGGAAAUAGUAUAUAUGUGUCACGAAUGGAAACAGGAAGUACAACCUUUUUAAGUUCAUAUUCUUUAAUGUCUGUCAAACAACUAUUGCACAGAUUUAUUUCAAUAAAAAUCAGGUGCCAUCUU